AUGUGACGAGAGACGCCUUCCUGAUUGGCCGAGAUCUGACCAGUCGCAGUUGGGCGCGUUUGGUUCAAAAACAGAAAUGGCGAUGGAGGUUGCUCGAGUGUUGCUGGAGAGGUCCGAUCCCUCCAAGCUAUUCUGCGAGGUAGCGGACCCACAGGAGAGAGGCGAGACGGAGAUGAUGGUUUCCUACCUGAUGGGCUGUCGUCAGAAACAGAAGCUUAUGUGCCAGCAACUCUGUAUGCUAGACAACAUGAUGGAGUUGUUGGCAGAGCUAAAGUCUCCGCUGUGUUUCCUCAAUGACCAGUGUCCUAAAGUCUCAGAGAGCGAGGCUCGUAAGCGGUGGAAGGCCCUGAAGAAGGAGUACCAAGAUGGCCUGCUGGAGGUGGAGACUCUGAUCAGCCGCUUACAGGAGCGCAGUGACCAGCUGCAGGAGAGGAGGGAUCGCCUAGAGACACUGGUGCUUACACUCGAACAAAAGAAGGAAGAAUGCCAAGCAGUUGAACGCAUCAGGAAGAGGAAGAAUCAAUCAGUCGAGAAGCAGGUCAGCCUGCAGCUGGACGAGUCUCUUCAGUCGGCCCAGCUGGCUCUGCACUCCUGUGACAGACAGCUGAGCCAGCUUAAGAUGGAGAACGACGCCCUGCAGUCACGCCUGGACAAGUGCACAGAGCUCAGAGAGCAGCUAUGGAGCUGCCUGGAGGCGACUCAGGGCCUCACGCAGUACAGGGUGACUGGUGUGGGUCCGUCUGAGAUGUGUGUUGAGCUACGUCCUGCCUGUGGGAAGCUGGAGCCCCUGAAGCUCAGCGUCACCCUCAACCACCGACAGCACUUCCACCUGCAGGUGUUUCAGGGUACUGCUGGUCUCCUGGAGGAGACGAUGAAGGGUCCUGUUGAGCAGCUGAGUGCUGCCCUUCUGGAAGUCAUGCAGCAUUAUGUCAGCCAGGGGGCGAUGUUGACCGAAGUGCAGGCUUUGCACUCCAGGUUUGCCAUUGACUGGCGCCCUGCCCAACAGCUACUGGUUUUCCUGAAGACGGCAUCGGUGGUGUGCCACCUGGAGGUGGGCGAGGGUUACCCCUCGGCUGGCCGUGCCACCCUGCUGGCGGUGCGAAAGGACGGCCACGACCUCGAUAUCACCACUCUCCAGCCCCCUUCACAGAAUCCUAGCCUGACGGAGUGGCUGGAAUAUCUCUCAUGCUGCCCAGACGUGUGAACUUGGCCUUCAAAACAAAAACCAACGACCAGGAAGUCCCCCUGCACUCUGUGAGUCAAUGGAACUAGCCUAUAAAGCUAGGCUCAACCCGAAUCACAAUCAAGACUCACCUACAUGAAUCACAAGGGUAUAAUAUAACUUGACAUAUUGAUAGGUUCACAAACCCAAGCGUGAUCCUGGGUCCACUGCAGCGGGUUCCUAUGAACCCCGAUUGGCUGAGAAGAUCUUGAAGGGUGAUGUGCACAUGGACAAAAUUGCAGCUUAGUAUUGAUGAUUAACUUGAGUGCAUUGUUGUAACAUCAUUCAUGGACCAUUAUAGUUUACCACACUUUUUAGUUGACACAAAGCCAGUUGCCUUUUGAAAGUCUCCACGAUUGACACAUCCAUUGCUUUCCUUCAGUGUACUGCUGACGGCACCUUCUCCGUGUAUUUGUGUUUAGUUUGUAUGUAAUUAACCUGUCCUUUCCUCUUCUCUGAGGCUGUGCCACUGCUCUCUUCUCUCCUGCUGAUAUUGCACUGUUAUGUGGUGCGGUCAAUAAAAUCUCGGUCUGAUACGAA